CCUCCGUCAUGCCAGCCGCAACAUCAAAACGCGUGCGCGGCAUCAAGAUCUCGCGCCACUUCAUCAUCGGUAACGAGGCCCACGUCCUGCCCCAUCCUAACUAUCCCUCCCCAGCACCUGAAGGCCACACCAAAGGCUGGAAAGUCUAUGUCCGUCCUCUCCCCAAUGGCCCCGAUAUAACCACGUGGCUCAAGAAAGUCCAAUUCAAACUUCACCAUACCUAUGCUGAUGCUUCGCGGACCAUCGAAUCUUCCUCCAUGAUCGACCCGGACAAAGGGUGCGCCAAAAGAGACAUCUCAUUCGAGGUCGCUGAGACCGGAUAUGGAGAAUUCUCGGUAGAGAUAAGACUCUACUUCGCGCCAGAAAGUGGGGAGAAGGCGAUCUAUCGCGAGCAUUAUCUGACGCUGUCGCCGUACGGAGACGAGAAGCAGAGAGCUAAGCAGGAGAAAGAGAAUCUGGUUGUUGCUGAGCGCCUUGAGAUGAUUGAGUUCAAUGAGCCCACAGGUGACUUUGCGAAGAUGAUGAUGAGUGAGGAUCAGUUCAAUUGGUUGAAGGUGAAGAAGGGAAGAGGGAAAGGGAAGAAACCGGAUUUCGUGUUCGAGGGUCAAGUCGAGCCUAGUGCACAGUUGCCGGAGAAGGCAAUCGGAGAGGGAGGCGGGCCGAAUGGCGCCGCGUGGAGUGCGCAGUACGAGAAGCAGGUUUUGGCGCAGUUGGAGAAGGGUCGGGAAAAGCUUGACUCUAUGCUUGAGGAGGAAAAGAGGAGGAUGGAGCAGAGGCGGAAAGAGCUGGAAAAGCUGGGUGGAGGUGUGAAAGCAUAGAGAUCGUCUCAAGAAAACAUGAGGCUCUAGGAUUGGGUCUGGGACUUCUAUGCGAAUGUCUCGUGUCCCAGUCACACUGAUUGCUACAGGUAAAGUAUGGACCAAAUCAGGAUGUAAUGAAUCCACCACGAACGAACGAUUUCAUCAAAAUCGUGUCAAACAAGGUAAUGUCCAAGUCCUGUUCACGGCGCGGAGACUUCCAUCCUGAUAGCGGGGAUGUGAGCAAUCGCGGCCAAAAGAUGAAAUCGUGCAUGGAACUCCCGCGGCUGAGAAGGUAUAUGGGGCUCGUGAACAACACUCUGGAGGGGAGGCGAGAGCCGUGGUGUCAGGCUACGAUACG